AGGGAAGAUCGACGAGCUAAUUCUAUGGCGAUAUCUCAAGCCAAGCCUUUGCUGCUUCUUCUUCUCCUCGUGUCACUCUUUCUCUUACCCGCUUUGGGUAACAAAACCAGGUUCUUCGGAAACUGCGACACUCAGCAUCAGUAUCCCGCUAUACCCACUGCUGUGGACAUCUCUCCAUACCCGGUUUAUCGUAUCCGUAAUGCUAACUUUACAAUAACCGGCUAUACAAAGAUUGCAAUCCCUAGUGGAGUUAGUGUAGAUCUCUACUUAAGGGGUCGAUACUUCAGACCUACUUACUCCCUUUGUGAUAUAACGGCAUGUCCUGUUUCACCUGGCCCUUUUGUCCUUACUUUCACUAACGUAUUCACUUCAAAAUAUCAAAAGCUACAACCGGAUGUUAUGGUUAAUCUAAGGAUCAUGGAGAAGAACAUGAAAGAUCCAAUAAUGUGCAUGGGGUUCCUUUGUCCAUUCACUGGUUAUGUGCCGCAUCUCAGUCAAGUUACCGAGUGA